CCCAGUGACCGUUGUCUCUGCUCGGCUCCACAAGUUGCCAGAGAUUGUUUUCAUCCGACGUCGUUGCUGUUUCUGUUUGCUGGAGGAUGGCGAUGAAGGUCGUUUGGGCCGCGGUGCUGCUCGCGUACGGAGUCUCUACGGGCGCUGCAAUGGACCCCGGUGCGUCGGGCUCUACCCAGACAUUCACACUGGACAUGGCUACGACCUCCGUUGACGACCGGUACGUGGGCUGUGAUCACCGGAUGGAAGGAGAGUUGGCAAACAAUUACCUGCAGAAUGAGAGGAAUGCGGACAAGGACUUCAAAUUUUCCUGGGAUGCUGCGGUGAAGAUGUACGAUGCGAAUUACAACAAAAAGAAUCCAGUGCACAACGACCCAAGCGCACCGGACCUGACAAAAGACGAGGUCAUUGCCAUCUACACCUACACCUCUGCCCCGGGACACUUCUAUCAGCCUUUUAAUGAAGCCGUUCGAACCCAGGGACCUCAGUACAAGACCACUUUCAAGUUCCACGCGCUCCACUAUUACCUGACUAAAGCCGUUCAACAUCUCAAAGUUAGCAAGUGUCUCACCGUCUACCGCAGAACCAAGGUGAACUUCAGGCCCGUCAAGGUCAACUCGGAGGUUCGCUUCGGCUCUUUUGCCUCGAGCUCAAGGUUUGACCUCAACUCCAAGAUGUUGAGCGCCGACAACUUUGGAAGCCAGACGUGUUUUGAGGUCGUCACGUGCAUGGGAGGAAACGUCCUAGAGUACGCCAAGUUCGAGACAGAAGCAGAGGUCCUGAUUCCCCCGUACGAGAAGUUCAAAGUCACAUCCGUGGAGACCAAGUCCACGAAACCGGGUCUCCCGUGCGCCGUGGUCUAUAAGCUGAAGAGCACAGGUGCAUCAUCCAAAUACAAUUGCGCUCUUUUCUCAAAGUAAGCACCAACGCGUUUGUCAGUGCCGUGAACACAACACGUAACAUUUAGGAUUCAGGAUGCACCGUUUUAUAUCAAAAAUCCAUGCGAAUAUAAAAAAUGCAUUCGUCAGCGUUUGAAUAAUUCCACAAACCGUGUUGAAGAACACUGGAUGCAUGAAAAUGAAUCCUUAACAAGUGUGUGAUAAUAUAAUCUGUAUUCAAAGAAUCUAAAUGAACAUCACAAUGUGUUUUUACCGUUCCAUGUUCUCUGCAUGUAAAGCGGACGCGUGAUCUGUCCUUCAAAGUUACUGGAUGCAAGAAAUAAACGUCCUCGUGUUUCACAA